AUGAACCUGCCAAAAUCAACCCUCCAAUCAUUCGGCGAGGUGAUCUACAGCUUCAGUGGUCUGGAUCUGCUCGGGGAAUGCAGCCGCCGUGAUCUUCCCAUUGAACGGCUCAAAACGGUGGUGGCGUGGUACAUCUCCCAAUUCCGUCCGGUAAUCUUUGGCAUGUCUCCGUUCAACCCCGUUCUUGGCGAGACUCACCACGUCUCCAACGGUGACAUCAACGUCCUCAUUGAACAAGUAUCGCAUCAUCCUCCGGUGGCCGCACUUCAUUCUACUCACGAGAAGGAAAAUAUUGACGUGACGUGGGUUCAUUAUUUCAGUUCUAAAUUUCGUGGUGCUUACGUGGAUGUUGAGUUAAAAGGGAAAAAGGUAUUGAAACUUCUAAAUCGACAAGAGACUUACAAUAUGGACCAACCGAGACUCACUGUGAGAUUCUUGCCGUCUCCGGGAAUUCACUUGGCCGGAAAAGUCAAGAUAAAGUGCUCGGAGACGAAUCUUGAAGCUGAAUUACACGUGAACUCUGAUUCUUACAUCGAAAGACUCGGAAGCAAUAACAAUAGAUCAAUCAAAGGAAAGAUCAUUGAAUCUUCCUCUGGUAAUCAGCUCUACGACAUCUUUGGCCAUUGGGACAGGACAGUAAUGGCGAAAAAUGUGAAGACCGGUGAUGUCGAGGUUAUUUACGAUGCGAAGGAGAACAUCACAGGACUCAAACCUCCAAUUGUCAAGAAUCUGCAAGAAGUAAUGGGGAGCGAAUCGGCGUUAGUGUGGAGUGAGGUAAGUGAAGGGAUACUGAAGAAAGACUGGAAAAGAGCUGGAGAAGCUAAGAGACUUGUGGAGGAGAAACAGAGAGAGUCUCUGAAGCAGAGGGAGGCUUCUGGUGAGUCUUGGGUUCCUAAGCAUUUCUCAGUGGUCAAAGACGGUAAAGACUGGGACUGCUCACCGCUACAGCCCACGGUUCCUCGGGAUCCUCUCGUCAUCAUAGAGGCACAAGGAGAAAUCGUAAACUGA